ACAGGGGCAUGUGGGCUGAUCUCAUAAAGAGGCGAACAGACAGCCUCUAACUUUUAAUCACACUUCACACCAAAGAGAAGCCACGAGUCAGAGAGGAGAGCUUUUAAUCAACACUGCGCAGCAGGUGAGGCGCUCGGGGUCACACUCAGAAAGACAAGGGUUUGAUGUGUGGACAAUCGGCUGGUUCCUGUAAUGAAGAGCAUCCUUCGUCAUGUCUAAACUGGGUGACCGGACGAGGAUCUGUGAGAAGCUGUGAAGGUUAAUCACCUGCUGAUGGUAUGACUGGGAAGUGCGACUGAUAUCUGACUAACUUCAGGUGCCCCACACAGAAAGAGAGCAGGUGCAUCUUGAGUAAAAGCAAUCAGAAAAGCCCUAACUGGUGAAAAUGGAGUCUGCUUUCUCACAAAUAAGGUGGGACCAUGAGGGAGAGUCUGAAGAAAUGUCUCUGCGAGCUAUGGGAUUGCGCCGCAAACGGGAAUUCAUUCCCGAGGACAAGAAGGAUGCCAUGUACUGGGAGAAACGCCGCAAGAACAAUGAAGCGGCAAAGCGCUCGAGGGAGAAACGAAGGGUCAGUGACUACAUGUUAGAGACUCGAUUGGUUUCUCUGAGUGAGGAAAAUGCUCGUCUACGAGCCGAGCUGUUGGCACUGAAGCUUCGAUGUGGUAUGCUCAACCCUGGGACCCCCUACUCUCCAUCUCAAAGGGCUCUAUCUCAGCUUCACGCUUUGGCACCACAACCUCUGGUUUCCUGCCCAGACAAAGACCUCUCUUGGGGCAGAAGACAAGACAGAGAGACUUCCAAUCUGUCAGGGAUCCAACAGUCACCCAUCUGUCUAGGUACUCAUCCAGGAUCAGCAUUCCUGCCCACACACCCAAUGGCCAUGCGAAGAAAUCACCCCUAUUUCCUAGACUUUUCAAGUGUCCAUUCUCCUACAGCCACACCUCUACUCUUUCCUCCGCACCUCAGCCCACCAACCACCACAUGGGCAGGACGGCCUUUGCUUCAGCCUGGGAACCACAGGAUCUUGUCAGAUGAGGAGGGUGAGCAGCAGGUACCUGCAGAUUCCAGUUCUGCACUGCCUCAUAAACUGAGACUGAAGACGCAAACCUCACAGUUCAAGGACAAUGGAGCCAAAUCGACAUCUCCCAUCCCAGUGUACUUGUCAGAUUGAAAACAAACCCUAGGCCAGAACAACUCAGCAGUUGUGAGUCAUAAGUAUGAUGAACAUUGGCUAUUUUCCAGGAAGUUUGUUGUAAAUAGUCUCGAUGAAAAAAAGAAAAAAAAACUGUUCUAAAGGUCAAAGUUUCUAAAACGGAUUUGAAGAGUCAAUAUUUCCAUUAUUGUUGAGGAAAGAGGCAAGCCUUUAAUUAUAUAAUGGCACCUAUGCAUUUCCAAGUACUGGAAAUUUGUAAUUUGUUUUUGUACCCUUUAUGAAGACAAGAAUAGAGUACAAGAAGAAUAGCAUAAUAAAUUAAGACUUGACCCAUUUAGGACUCAUCAGCCCUCAACUGAGCAUGUGCAACGUCCAAUGCACUAUAAUUUUAACUCUUUUA